GGCAAUACCAAAAUGCUAAAAACUACUCUUCUUUUUGCUAUCGCCUGCAUCUUCGUGGCUGUUCAGGCUCAAACUCCCAGGCCAAGCGAUAUUUGCCGUACUGAAAACGAAAAAUGCCGACGAAAUGAACGGAGGUUGGGAAGGGACAAUGAUGUAUCAAACAUAUUCAACAAUCACUGUCGCCAGGCCCGUGGCAUUACCAACUGGCGUAAUGUAACCCGUUGCGAAUUGAGCCUGGCCUCUUGUCGAUUGACACUCGAACGUUGCGCCCCCGUAAACUGCGAGAACGUCAGAAGAAGCGUUGGAGGUGGAGGUGGUCCACCUUCCCCCGGUGGUCCACCGUCUCCAAGGACGACCACUCCUCGAAAUCCUGCUCCCCAAACUCAGACUCCUUCUUCUGGUGGAACAACAGCUCGUGGGGGCCGAACAACUAGGAACCCUUCAAAUCGUCGAACCACUACUCGUAGGACACGAACAACUAGAACUCCAUCUUCUCGCCGAACUACCACUCGUAGGACCCCAACAACCAGAACUCCUUCUUCUCGACGAACUACCACUCGUAGAACAUCUCGAACUCCUUCUCCUCGUACUACCACUAUUCGACCUUCUGAAGAGUAA